AUGCAGCGUGAACCUCCGAGGAGGAAGCCGGAGAAGAAGGCAGAAAAGCGGCUCUUUGACGCCACGUCCUUCGGGAAGGACCUGCUGGCAGGCGGGGUCGCGGCGGCCGUGUCCAAGACGGCGGUGGCGCCCAUCGAGCGGGUGAAGCUGCUGCUGCAGGUGCAGGCGUCGUCCAAGCAGAUCAGCCCCGAGGCGCGGUACAAAGGCAUGGUGGACUGCCUGGUGCGGAUUCCCCAGGAGCAGGGUUUCUUCAGUUAUUGGCGUGGCAAUUUGGCAAAUGUUAUUCGAUAUUUUCCGACACAAGCUCUAAACUUUGCUUUUAAGGACAAAUACAAACAGCUUUUCAUGUCUGGAGUUAAUAAAGAAAAACAGUUCUGGAGGUGGUUUUUGGCAAACCUGGCUUCUGGUGGAGCUGCUGGGGCAACAUCCUUAUGUGUAGUAUAUCCGCUAGAUUUUGCCCGAACCCGAUUAGGUGCCGAUAUUGGAAAAGGUCCUGAAGAGCGACAAUUCAAGGGUUUAGGUGACUGUAUCAUGAAAAUAGCAAAAUCAGAUGGAAUUGUUGGUUUAUACCGAGGGUUUGGUGUUUCAGUUCAGGGCAUCAUUGUGUACCGAGCCUCUUAUUUUGGAGCUUAUGACACAGUUAAGGGUCUGUUACCAAAACCAAAGGAAACCCCAUUUGUUGUCUCCUUUUUCAUUGCUCAAGUUGUGACUACGUGCUCUGGAAUACUCUCUUAUCCUUUUGACACAGUUAGAAGACGUAUGAUGAUGCAGAGUGGUGAGGCUGAACGGCAAUAUAAAGGAACUUUAGACUGCUUUGUGAAGAUAUACCAACAUGAGGGAAUCAAUGCAUUUUUUCGUGGUGCCUUCUCCAACAUCCUUCGUGGUACAGGGGGUGCUUUGGUGUUGGUAUUAUAUGAUAAAAUUAAAGAAUUCCUUAAUAUUGAUAUUGGAGGUAGUUCAUCAGGAGAUUAA